GCUUGUGCGCAGACCCGUGCAUGCGCAUGCGGCCACCCUUGCUCACUCAACUGCCAUCCAGGUCCCUGCCCUCCUUGUCAGGUCACGACGUUGCACGUGUGCUACUGCGGCAAGGAGACAACCUCGUUCAGAUGCCCAAACUCCGGCCAAGGGAGAGCGACUACAGAGCUAUCUGGUCACCAGUUCGUCGGACGGAAGCUCAAUCGCGGGAAUCACGCCUGUCGACAGAUUUACCACCUGGGCAAGUGCAACCCGUGCCUCAUUCAGGAGAUGGCGUGA